AAAAGAAUACAGUUGGGUUAAAUUGGCCAGCCCCAAUAUUGUUUCGAUCUUAAAAGAGCCUCCCAGUUUGAACAAUUCCAUGGAUCCUCCCCACGGAUGCAGGUCAUUGAGGCCGUGCUUUAUCCACCAUCCCCACCACCAUCUCCACCAUCACCAUCAUCACCACCUCUUAUUCCUCAACCCUCACCACCACCACCACCACUUCAACUGCCACCACCACCACCACCAUGUUCGCCCCAGUUUCACAUCUUUUCCUCAAAACCCAGAACAACCUACUCCCAUUCCUCUCCCAACCAAUUCAAAUUCCGAAACUUCUGGGCUUAAAGGUGCGUACGAUUACAAUCCUACCCCACAGGUAUUGCAGGAGCAGAAUCAUCACGGUGUUGCGUUCGAAGAGGAAGAGGAUGAUGAGGACCCAAUUUUCGUCUUGACAGAUGAAUGGAAAGAAUUUUUCGCAAAAUCCGAAGCUAAGAGGAAACUAGAGAGGAAGCAGGCUAAGAAGGGAAAGAAGUGAUAUUGUCUCAACAAAGAGUGAUAUGAAGUCUAGUUUCUCUUUGAUGGAGUUAUGAGUUGAAUUGAAAUUUUGGUAUGUAUGACUUUGGUAUGGUGAUAUCUAACUGUGAUCCCAUUGUUAAGAUCAGUAGUUCUUGUAGACUUCUUUCAUUGAGGUGUGGAAAUGAUAGAUUGAUAUUAUGCUCAG